GUUUCCCCCUUGGCAGCCCUGAGCCGGCAGUUCUGGUAGUGACUGCUGGGCCCUGCUGGACGGCGGUCGCAUGCAGCUCCUAUGAGGCCCCUGCCGCCGGUUGGCGAUGUCCGGCUGGAGCUGUCGCCUCCGCCGCCGCUGCUGCCGGUGCCGGUUGUGAGCGGGUCUCCAGUCGGCUCCUCCGGGCGUCUCAUGGCCUCUAGCAGCUCCCUGGUGCCCGACCGGCUGCGCCUGCCGCUCUGCUUCCUGGGUGUCUUUGUCUGCUAUUUUUACUAUGGGAUCCUGCAGGAAAAGAUAACAAGAGGAAAGUAUGGGGAAGGAGCCAAGCAGGAGACGUUCACCUUUGCCUUAACUUUGGUCUUCAUUCAAUGUGUGAUCAAUGCUGUGUUUGCCAAGAUCUUGAUCCAGUUUUUUGACACUGCCAGGGUGGAUCGUACCCGGAGCUGGCUCUAUGCUGCCUGUUCUAUCUCCUAUCUGGGUGCCAUGGUCUCCAGCAACUCAGCACUACAGUUUGUCAACUACCCAACUCAGGUCCUUGGUAAAUCCUGCAAGCCAAUCCCAGUCAUGCUCCUUGGGGUGACCCUCUUGAAGAAGAAGUACCCGUUGGCUAAGUACCUGUGUGUGCUGUUAAUUGUGGCUGGAGUGGCCCUUUUCAUGUACAAACCCAAGAAAGUUGUUGGGAUAGAAGAACACACAGUUGGCUAUGGAGAGCUACUCUUGCUAUUAUCGCUGACCCUGGAUGGACUGACUGGUGUUUCCCAGGACCACAUGCGGGCUCAUUACCAAACAGGCUCCAACCACAUGAUGCUGAACAUCAACCUUUGGUCGACAUUGCUGCUGGGAAUGGGAAUCCUGUUCACUGGGGAGCUCUGGGAGUUCCUGAGCUUUGCUGAAAGAUACCCUGCCAUCAUCUAUAACAUCCUGCUCUUUGGACUGACCAGUGCCCUGGGUCAGAGCUUCAUCUUUAUGACGGUUGUGUAUUUUGGUCCCCUGACCUGCUCCAUCAUCACUACAACUCGAAAGUUCUUCACAAUUUUGGCCUCUGUGAUCCUCUUCGCCAAUCCCAUCAGCCCCAUGCAGUGGGUGGGCACCGUGCUUGUGUUCCUGGGUCUUGGUCUUGAUGCCAAGUUUGGGAAAGGAGCUAAGAAGACAUCCCACUAGGAAGAGAGAGACUACCUCCACAUCAAGAAUAUUUAAGUUAUUAUCUCAAACAGUGACAUCUCUUGGGAAAAUGGACUCAAUAGGAAUAUGGGACUGAGUUCCAGUCUUUUUUAAAAAAAUAAAAUCAAGCAAAAUCACAUAUUCUAAAAAAUGCACUUGGAUUUUAACAAGA